CGGCCCGGGCGGCGGCGGCGGCGGGGGCGGCGCCGACAUGGGCACCGAGGGCGAGGACGGUGAGGCCCUGCGGCUCUCCUCUCGCUGGCUGGAAGUGCUGCGCGUCUACUUGGAGCUGGUGUUGUGCGUGCUGCUCAGCAUCCGCAACAACAGGAACCUCCAGAAGUUUAGUCUGUUUGGAGAUGUGAGUGUUGUCCAGCAGCAAGGAAGUUUAUCCAGCACAGACCUCAGCAGGGUAGACCCUGACUGCAAGAAGAUUAAGCAAAUUCAGCAGCUGUUUGAAGAAGUACUGAGCAAUAGUAGACAACUAAAAUGGCUGUCCUGUGGGUUUAUGCUGGAAAUAGUGACCCCAACAUCCUUGUCGUCUCUGUCUAACUCAAUUGCCAAUACUAUGGAACACCUGAGUUUACUGGACAACAAUAUUCCUGGCAACAGCACGCUUAUCACUGCAGUUGAACUAGAGCGGUUUGUAAAUCUGCGUUCACUUGCCCUGGAUUUCUGUGACUUUACAGCUGAGAUGGCAAGAGUCUUAACUGAUAGCAACCAUGUGCCUUUGCAGCGACUGUCUCUCCUGGUCCACAAUGUUUCAGUGAUGAACAAGUCAUUAGACAACAUGCCAAACGAUGAGCACUGGAAAGCCCUAUCACGAAAGAGCUCCAGCCUUCGGGUCUAUCUAAUGGCUUUUGAUGUCAAAGGGGAAGACAUGCUAAAGAUUCUGAAGCCUAGUAUACCACUUGAGAGGGUUCACUUUGACAGCUACAUCACUUGUGUCUCAGGGGCUAUUGUUGAUCUUAUAUCCAGGCAGUACGACAAGUUCCUCACCCAUUUUAUAUUGAUGAAUGAUGUCAUUGACACGUCUGGUUUUCCAGAUCUUAGUGACAACAGGAAUGAAGAUCCGUUGGUUUUAUUAGCAUGGAGGUGCACAAAGCUCACUCUUUUGGCAAUUCAUGGUUACACCGUGUGGGCACACAACCUCAUUGCCAUUGCUCGUCUUCGUGGCUCUGAUCUAAAAGUGCUUGAAGUCACCGAAGAAAGCAUUGAUUUUGACCAAGGUGAACUAGCCGACCAGGAUGUGGAUCCAGUGAAUAACCUUGUUGAGCAGGUAUCCCUGGGCCUUGGUCAACCUUGGCAUGCAGUCUUGGACAUUGAAUCACUCAGUGUCUUCACUGAACCAAAUCGUCAUUUUUACAGAGAGAUGCAAAGCUUCAGCGAAGACAUUUAGCUUUUUAAAAAAUGUAUAAUUCCUGUGGCCAGAUAUGCAAGUAGGGUCCCAUUAUGGUUUUCUGUUUUGUUCAGUAGUGUAAACUAAUCCCUUUUGUGCUGUGUUUAAUCAGUAUUAGCUUUAUAGAACUAUAUAUGUAUAUUCUACUUCUUGAUCAAAGAACGUAGUCGGGUAUUGGUUUUUGAAGUUCAAAGUGACAAUGUACAGGGCUUUCACGGUUAAUGAGAUUGUUACCAAACCUUAAGGGCAAAUAGCCAAUGAUUAUCUGAGGUUGCUGGCUAACUUUGUUUUUCACUGAGUUAUUCUGCCUUGUUGACAUUUUUAUUCUUUCUUUGUCAGAAUCCAGAGCUCAGGAGCCUAAUAUUUUUAUACGUAUAUAUAUAUAUAUGGAUAUCCAUAGCUGGGUGGAUUUGUAUGCAAUGCACUGCAUCUAUGUCUUCUGAUAGCAUCUCAUUGACUUUGGUUUGAAAUAGAAGGGAAAACAGUGUCCCAAAUGAGUUAUCUGUAACAGAAAGCUGAGUUUAACUUUCAUUCCCUAUAUAAUAAUUCAUAUUGCCAAUUACCAUUCUGAAUUUCAUAUAGCAUAAGUUAGACAUUGCUUAAUCCCUUUUUAGAUGCAUUUACAUAAACUGAACACUCAAAUAGCUGGACUUUUUAGACUAUAUCUGACAUCAAUUUUUUUCACCUGUUACAUUCAAGUUAGCUUCAUUAGCCCAGAUGUCACACAGUGAGGAAGGAAGAAAAGAACCAUAUUCCAGGGAAACCUCUGAGGCUAAGUCAAA